AUGAUAUACCGAUACACUCGUGUAAUCUUUGGAAUGAACGCUUCACAGUUCCUUUUAGCUGCAUCAAUUAUAAAGCACUUGAAGAAAUACCAAAGUGCCGACCCUGACUUUGUGCUAGCUUUCUUAGAAAACCUUUAUGUCGACGACAGCAUUGGCGGAGGAGAUACCAGCGAUCAGGUGUUCACAUUUUACCAAAAGGCAAAAGCACGGUUUAAGGAUGCUGGUUUAAUCUUACGAAAAUGGCGUUCUAACAGUCCAACUCUCCAAGCGCAAAUCUCCAAAUUCGAAAUCGAGGAUCCAGCUCCUCCCGAUGAAAAAAUCUUGGGCAUCAAAUGGGAUACGGCCAAUGACGAAAUGGAAAUAGACCUGUCAAGACAAAAACAGUUAGCUCAAUCCGACGUCCUUCUAACUAAACGCAACAUCCUAAAAAUCAUCGCAUCGAUUUACGACCCAGUCGGUUUGGUUUCGCCCCUCGUUGUACCGUUUAAGGUAUUCUUCCAGAAGUUAUGCACAACCGUAAACGAUUGGGACACUGAGUUUAGUAAGGAAUUAAAGGACGAAUGGAAUUCGUUAAUACAGUUAUUUUCAAUCUCGUCGAAAUAUCGAUUGCAACGUUAUUACUUCGCUAACUAUCCUUUAAGUGAUUUGAAAGACAUCACCCUGCAUGGGUUUUGUGAUGCAAGUAAAAGAUCAUACUCUGCUGUUGUCUACAUUAUUGGAACGUUAUCAAGCGGACGCUCUGUUGGACGCAUUGUGUGUAGUAAAACAAAAGUAUCCCCUCUCAAUGAACUGUCUAUCCCUAGACUGGAGCUUCUCUCAUGCUUACUUCUUUCUUCCUUAAUUGCGUGCAUUAGUCAGUCGUUAGGUAGCGCCGUUCCAGUAGCUUUGAAAUUUUGUUGGAGCGACUCAAUUGAUGCCCUAUGUUGGGUUAGAAAUAAUAAUUCUAGUAAGAAAUUUGUUAAGAACAGAGUGACAAAAUUUAGGGAUUUAACGCCUCCAGCUAUGUGGAGAUUUUGUCCCGGAAAGUUGAAUCCUGCUGAUUUACCAUCUCGUGGUGUGAACAAGGCAAAUAAAAACAAUUGGUUUCAAACAUGGACUGUCGGACCUAGUUUUAUAUAUGAAGAUCAACUACAAUGGCCGGAAGAACCAAAUAAUAAUAAAAUAAAAAUUACAAGUGUUAAUCCCGGGACCGUUGAUCCUGGGCAGUCAGUCAAGGAUCAACGGCCCAACAGUGUUCCUAAUAAAUUUUCUACCCUGCAUUCUGUACUGUCCCACCAGAACUUAGACAAUGUAAAAAAUGUUUGUUCUACUGAGCCUGUUCUAUCUGAUGAAUGUCCUGUUAUUUGCAAACGGACCGUGGACCUUGAGGAUCAUCUUCAAGAUCAACGGCCCAGCCUUAGACAACGGACUGUGGACGUUGGGGUUCGACCCCAAGGUCAACAGCCCUAUUUUUCAGGUAGCAUGAUAAAUUCAAGAACUCUACCUAUCGAGGAGCUGAUCAACUCCACAUCUAUUAAAUUUAUUGAUUGUCUAAAAUCUCGAAUUAAUGGUAACGUAUCGAAACAAACCUUGUUGUCAACUGAAGAUCUGGAACAUGCAGAACUUUUGUGGGUUAAAACAUGUCAAAAGGACUUAACAAGCCGUUUAAAUCAGUUAAAUAAUACUCUUGGGCUUUUUAUUGACAAAGAUGACAUCAUCCGCUGCAAAAGACAACUUCUGCAUGCCAACUUGCCUUACGACUCUAAAUAUCCCAUCUUGUUGCCUGGUGACUCGUACCUAUCAACGUUAAUUAUACAAAGAGUCCACCAACAAACCUUUCAUGCAGGUGUGAAACACACGCUUUGUCGCAUUCGAGAAAAAUAUUGGAUUCUGCAAUGUCAAAAAUAUGUACGUGCUAUUGUAAACAAAUGUGUUUACUGUAAAAGGUUGUUUGGGAAGGCUUACAAGUCUACAGAAUCUGCCAACUUACCCCCCUUUCGUGUUUCUGCAAGCUAUCCAUUUCAAUCUACAGGAGUGGAUUACUUGGGACCACUCAUGGUCAAACCUAUAUUUAACGAAGAUCAAAGCGCAAUGUUUCCGGUACAUGUUGCACUAUUUACCUGCGCUGUUACUCGUGCAGUCCAUCUGGAUGUAGUACCCGAUCAGUCAGCCUCGCCGUUUAUACGAACUUUAAAACGAUUUACAGCCAGACGCGGCAUACCUACGUUAAUGAUUUCCGACAACGCAACGUGCUUUAAAAACGAAGAACUUAGGUUAAGUGAAGAGUUAUCUAAAUUAAACGUAAAAUGGAAAUAUAUAGUUGAAGCAGCCCCAUGGUGGGGCGGAUUUUGGGAACGUUUGACCUAUAACGAUGACAUUGAAGAGGUGCUCACUCCAUCACAUUUAAUGCAUGGUCGCAACAUAUGUAGGCCUUGUGUUCAGUCUGGAGAUGCGGACGAACUUGAUAGCAAGGCAAAACUUUCAAAACGAAUGAUGUACAUAAAGACCUUAAAGGAGCAUUUUUGGAAUCAAUUCAGUAACGAAUACAUAACCAAUCUGAGAGAGCUUUACGCACAAGGACCAAGUCAUAGUCGUUCUGUUGAGCUUGGCGAAAUAGUCAUUAUUCAUUCUGAUAAGAAGCGCAUCAAUUGGCGUAUGGGAAAGGUUACGUACCUUAUUACGAGCAGGGACAAUAACGUCCGUGCAGGUAUAGUUAAAUUGUUUACUCCGUAUACCAAAGUCAUUAACUAUAUGAAGCGACCAAUUGAAAAAUUGUAUCCCUUAGAGGUAAAGAGCGUUGAAUCUGUGAGUUACGAGGAGAAACAAGAAAGUAUAAAAAUUAUAGACAGCGAUAUGACAGUUAUAGCCGAUGACAAUGCAACAGAACGCCCCACAAGGAUUGCAGCAGACAAUAGCAUUCUUAUACGACCUAGGGAGGGAUUCAAUAAUUACGAUUCAAUAAACACCCAAAUUAGCUAUAUUUUACCACCACCCUACCCCUUAUAUUGCAUCGUAACAAAUCUAACCCCCUUUGUUACGUAG